AUGUACAAACAGCCCAACCACUCGUACGCGUCCACCGACUCGUUGAGAAGAUUGUCUUCCAACAACCCGUUCAGACAGCACCAGGCGCAGGCCAGCUACGAGCCACCCAAGCUCUCCAACCUCUCCAGCUUGUCGUUGCACUCGGGCGAAAGACCCUCCAGUUUUGGCGACUGGGUAGAGAAGAACAAACAGCUCCUCGACAACUCAUCCGACGAAGAACAGCCAUUCAGACCGGUCAAUAUGGGAUUAAAGUACAGUCCUCUGAGUAGGGAGGACCUCGGCAAGCCUGUGUUUCCUCCCAAGCCCCACAGGGCCGACAGUGACAGCAGUGUCAACUACCAUAACGUAAGAAUGUCCUCCAACAAUCCAUUCGCAGCUGCUCUCAACGAGCCUGACUCCUACGUCCACCACCGUGACCCUCCUCCCCCUCCAAGAUCAUCCAGUCAAGGUGGCACACCACCAGCGCGUCCUCCCAAGCCAGACGCCCUUGCCCCACCUUCUUAUGAAGAAGCAGCCGGUCCUGACGCUGCCAGAAGAGACUACCCCAGAGAAAAGGCGUCCUCGUCGUCCUCGUCUUCCAGACAACGCCGUUCCCACUCACACUCCGAAGCAUCCAGACCUCACCGCAGUUCCAGAGAAAAGGGGUCGUCUUCCAGACACCGCAGCGGACACAAGUCGUCUAAGAACAAGUCUCCCAAGAAGCCAGAGCCCGUCAAGGCCAAGAACUUGGACACCAUCGACAAGCUUGACGUGACUGGAUUCUUUGGAGGUGGUUUCCACCACGACGGACCCUUUGAUGCAUGCACCCCGCACAGAAACAAGAAUGUCAAAAGUGCCCCAGUCAAGGCGUUCCCUCCUGAUGGGCCAAACAGCAGUAUCAAGGGCUACGGUGGUACAGACAAGAACCAACAGAUCAACUUGGCCUUUGGGCAAUUCGAAGAUCAGAACGAAAUAGUCGGCAGAAAGACCUCCAUAAAGUACAAGCCAAAGGAUACCACUGUCACGAAGACAUACGAAACCGAGGAGCCACCACAGAUCCGUACUCCUGCCGACAUCUCAUCCAAUCCAUCCAUUGUCAACUUUGCGUCCAACCUCAAGGCUGAGCCCGUCCAUGGUUCUACCACAGCAGGAUUGGGAUCAUCCACAUUCAUUGAUGGUGCCCCAGCACCCAAAUCCAGUGAAACUGAGUACUUGAACGUUUCCAAUGGCGGAUUGGGCAGAAAGAAGUCGUUGGUGCAAAGAUUGCGUAAGAAUAGUCAUAGCGAAAACAGCACUAGGCGAAACUCUAAUGACAGUUCCUUGACCUCCCCCGAACCAACCAGAAGGGGAUCUUUGAACAAUGUGGAAUCUUCAGACGAGCUCACUCCUCCUAGCGGUGGAGCUGGAUCUUCCUUGUUAAGAAGAGUUAAGAGUUUGAAGGUCAGAAGGUAA